GGGUGUGGGUGUGGGUGUGGGUGUGGGUGUGGGUGUGGGUGUGGGUGUGGGUGUGGGUGUGGGUGUGCGUGUGGGUGUGGGUGUGGGUGUGGGUGUGGGGUCAUGAAAAUAUUGUUGCUGGUGCAAGUCUUGGCGAUCUCUAUUCACCCAAUGUACGAUCAGUUCUUUGCGAAUUUACAACUUCCGGUACAGCGAAUGGUGAUGGAGCCGAAAUUGAGACACUUUCAUAUGAAUUACGAUACUGUCGACCAAACGAUCUCAAUGGUGAACCUACAGUGAUCAAAAAUACGAUGUCACUCAAAUUUGUCGAAGAUGAAUCACUUGUCACAGAGAUUAAUCCUCGUGUGAAAACUAUAUUUGCUUCUCAAACGGCUGCUGAAGUCGACAGAAAAAUGGCACAAUUAGUGAGAGAUGGCAAAAGAGAUGAAGCUAUUGAUAUGGCUACUGAACAAAUUGCGUUACUUAAAGAUGCUGCACAAUUUGAUGAUGAAAGAGGAUCCAUUUCAUUGCUACUUCAACUGGCUGAAAAAAUGCUUAAGAAGCUUAAAGAUGAAAGCAUCACCAGUACGCUUGUUUGUCGAAGAUUCGAACAUAAAGCUUACUUAGAAGAAGAAUGUGAUGAAGACGAUAUGGGUUAUGGUUUAUUUGAAUAA